GGGGUUACCUAGCACCAUCGGACAAAAUUAUUUGGGCCGACAAGCAGCCAUUACUUUCCGGUUUUGCAACGACAAGCCGCAAAACUCUCGGAUCAGUCGAUUGGCUGCCACGCGCCGCCAUUCGUCGCCUCCUCUCGCUCUCAGCCCUCGCCGCGCCGGCGCGCAGCCUGGCAGCCAUGCCGGCCACCAAGCGCACGCUCGCGUUGUUCGACGUCGACGGUACAUUAACACCAGCGCGCCUGAAGAUCACGCCGGAGAUGAAGGCCUUCCUCCAAGAAUUGCGGAAAACCAUCAGCAUCGGCGUCGUCGGUGGGUCCGACUUCGUCAAGCAACAGGAGCAAAUCGGUAGCGAUUCUCUGUCCAAUUUCGACUACUCCUUCGCCGAGAACGGGUUGGUAGCGUACAAAAACGACGAACUAAUAGCGAAGGCGUCGUUCGCCCAAAAGAUCGGCGAAGAGGAGUUACAGAAAUUAAUUAAUUGGGUCCUCGCGUACCUGUCCAAAAUUACGUUGCCCAUCAAGCGGGGCACGUUCAUCGAGUUCCGGACGGGCAUGCUCAACAUCUCGCCGAUCGGGCGGAACUGCGCGCGCGACGAAAGGAACGCGUUCGAGGAGUAUGAUUUGAAGAACAAUAUAAGAAAGGACAUGGUCGCUGCGAUGCAGAAAGAGUUCGCCCACCUCAACCUGACCUUCUCGAUCGGCGGGCAGAUCUCGUUCGACGUGUUUCCCGCGGGGUGGGACAAGACGUACUGCCUCCAGUUUGUGGAUAGAUCGUUGUUCGACGAGGUCCAUUUUUUUGGAGACAAGACCUUUGAAGGCGGUAAUGAUUAUGAGAUCUUUACGCACCCGGACGUGAAGGGCCACUCCGUGACGUCGCCGGACGACACGAAGGCGCAGUGCACGGAGCUGUUCCUCUCGUAGAUGAUGGACUGUGGUAUAAAAACUUGAGAUUUAA